GGUUUUUUUUUUUUUUUUUUCCUCCUUUCUUCCUUCCUUCUUCCUGGAUUAGGCAGCGAUCAAUCCUUCUCCCCGUUGUCUGUUUGAGGAACAGGUGAUCCUCGUUGGAGGCGAUCGCUUUCUGGAUGCGGCUCCCCCGUCUGCGUGUGGAGAAGGAUGGUGAUACCAGGCGAGACUGAAUCAGCGUAACUUUUACUUGGCAAGAGGAAAAACUUUCUUCCCCGUUUGAAGGCGUUAAAAACACGCAGCGUUAAAAAGCAGAAGAAGUUGGUUUUAAAGCUGAACUUCACUUUCCUGGGAUUUGUGUGUCAGAUUCAAAGGCUGCGUCGUUUUGUUUUUCUUUUUUUCCCUUCUCCCUUAUCUCCCAAAAGGAAACUGUUGCUAGUUGGCAUAGACUUUUUAAAUGUUUGGAAUUCAAGAUACUUUAGGAAGAGGACCAAUUCUGAAAGAUAAAUCUCUAGGUUCUGAGAUGGAUUCCGUCAGGUCCUGGGUCAGAAACGUUGGGGUUGUGGAUGCAAACGUAGCAGCACAAAGCGGAGUAGCUUUGUCCAGAGCCCACUUUGAAAAGCAGCCACCCUCCAACUUGAGGAAAUCCAAUUUCUUUCACUUUGUUCUGGCUCUCUACGACAGACAGGGGCAGCCCGUGGAAAUAGAGAGGACAGCUUUUGUGGACUUUGUAGAAAAUGAUAAAGAGCAAGGCAACGAGAAGACGAACAACGGCACACACUACAAGCUCCAGCUCCUCUACAGCAACGGUGUCAGGACAGAACAGGAUCUCUAUGUGAGGCUCAUUGAUUCUGUCACCAAGCAGCCUAUAACUUACGAAGGCCAGAACAAGAACCCCGAGAUGUGCAGGGUGUUGCUCACCCACGAAGUCAUGUGCAGUCGGUGCUGUGAGAAGAAAAGUUGUGGCAACAGAAAUGAGACUCCAUCUGACCCUGUGAUCAUUGACAGAUUCUUCCUAAAAUUUUUUCUCAAGUGCAAUCAGAAUUGCUUGAAAACAGCAGGAAACCCAAGAGAUAUGAGACGGUUCCAGGUGGUGCUAUCAACAACAGUGAAUGUGGAUGGGCAUGUGCUGGCAGUGUCUGACAACAUGUUUGUGCACAACAACUCCAAGCACGGGCGGAGAGCAAGAAGACUCGACCCCUCGGAAGCCACGCCCUGCAUCAAAGCCAUCAGCCCAAGCGAGGGGUGGACCACGGGGGGAGCCAUGGUGAUCAUCAUCGGGGACAACUUCUUCGAUGGGCUGCAGGUGGUGUUUGGGACCAUGCUGGUGUGGAGUGAGCUGAUCACCCCUCACGCCAUCCGCGUCCAGACGCCUCCGCGGCACAUUCCCGGUGUGGUGGAGGUGACACUAUCCUACAAAUCCAAACAGUUCUGCAAAGGAGCACCAGGCAGGUUCAUUUACACAGCUUUAAAUGAACCUACCAUAGAUUAUGGCUUCCAAAGACUGCAGAAGGUCAUCCCAAGACAUCCCGGGGACCCUGAAAGAUUAGCUAAGGAAAUGCUGCUGAAAAGAGCCGCUGACCUGGUCGAGGCCCUGUACGGGACGCCCCACAACAACCAGGACCUGAUCCUGAAGCGCGCGGCCGACAUCGCCGAGGCGCUGUACAGCGUGCCGCGCAACCCCGCGCAGAUCCCCGCGCUGUCCAGCUCCCCCGCGCACAGCUCCAUGAUGGGCAUCAACUCCUACGGCAGCCAGCUGGGCGUCAGCAUCUCCGAGUCGGCGCAGGGCAACAACCAGGGUUACAUCCGUAACACCAGCAGCAUCUCCCCCCGGGGCUACUCGUCCAGUUCCACCCCGCAGCAGUCCAACUACAGCACCUCCAGCAACAGCAUGAACGGCUACAGCAACGUGCCCAUGUCCAACCUGGGCGUGCCCGGCUCCCCCGGCUUCAUCAACGGCUCCCCGACGGGAUCCCCCUACGGACUGAUGUCUUCAAGUCCAACAGUCGGCUCCUCCAGCACUUCUUCCAUCCUCCCGUUCUCCUCCUCGGUGUUCCCUGCUGUCAAACAGAAGAGUGCCUUUGCUCCUGUCAUCAGACCCCAAGGGUCCCCCUCCCCUGCCUGCUCCAGCGGCAACGGGAAUGGCUUCCGAGCCAUGACUGGUCUUGUCAUUCCCCCGAUGUAAGGAAGGGGCAGCUUUGCUGCUCUCCCUCCCUCUUCCCUUUUUUCCUCCUUUUUUUUUCAUUUUUCUUUUACAGCACAAAACUACUUAUUGUGAUGGACCACUAAAAAGAAAAAAAUAGCACUACAAGCUCUUUUUUGGGGAAAAGCCAGGCCCAGGAAAAAAAAGGAACAUUUUUUAUGGAUUGGACAAGAUAGAAGUCUGCAUCAUUUACCUGUUUCAUAUUUCUGACACAACCACAUCAACUCCUCAAACACUGGGAAUGAAGAAUCAGCAAGAGCCAGGAUGAACAAGACUUGGCAGAAUGGAAUUAGAAAUGCAAAGUCUUUCCUGGAAGACACGAAAACCUUCCUAAGAUUUGUAAAAUAUUCAAAGGAGAAAAAAAGAAAUUGGCAAAAUGAUUCAAGGUUGAUAUUUUGGAUACAAUUUGUUUUACUUUGUAGGGGUAAAAAAGUUGAAGUUUCUAUUUUCUAUGGAGCCUUUCAGAUAUCGAUUUAGUUUAUGCAGAAAAACAAUUCAACAAAACAGGGUACCAGCAUGAAAGAAUUUCUAGGACAAACUGACAUGAAUGAUGGAACUUUGGUGUAUGUGUGUAUUUGCUUAUAGUUUAACCUCUUUAAAAAAUGUAAGAUGUUUUACAAUUAUUUAAAUAAAUAAACUUGUAACUUAUUGUACGUAGAGGUAGAAAUUAAACCCUGUUUUGGAUUUUUUCCUCCAGUUGUACAAUGAAGACAGAUGAUGCAAAAAUGUAGUGAUAAGUUUGAGAUAUAUUAUUACUGCUGCAAUUGCUCCUCACUUUCCCCCCCUCUUACUGAAUUCAUGUGCAAGGAUGUAUAGGAUUCUUUCUGAUUAACAAAACCCUCAGAAACUUUUACCUACAUUGUGGUAAACAGCUCAUGUAGGAAUUUUUCACCCUCCUCGUCUUUCCCCCCUUUCCAUUUUUUGCUUCAAUUAAAAUAUUCAGGUACUAAGAUUAACUGCUAAGUCUCAAAGACCCAGCUGACGAGUGAGUGGCACUUAGGGAUUUGAGUGAAUCGGAUUUUUCAUGAGGUACUGAGUUUAUUUUAUAGAUUCAAUGUAUGAAUUAGGAGGGGAAGGGUUCUCUGGGGUUUUCCAUGUAGUUAGAACACCUUAAGUUCAGUUAUGCUUCAUAUUAAGGGUGCAUUUAAAAGGGUGAACAUGUAUUUGAAUGAUUUAUGCACUUUUAUCCUGAGUCAUUAAAAAUGGUAAGUAUUUGCCAGUUAUAUAUUGAAGUUCAUAGAGGUAAUAAAUUGCUUUGAAUUUUUCUGCAUUUUAGCCUAAAAAAAGAGUUUAAUUCUCCUUUGCAUCUCCUCUCCUGAAAUCGGAAGGUGAGGAAAAGUUUGAUAAAACAAAUACUGAAUUAUUUCAGAGAGCAUUCAAAAGAAUUUGGUUGUUGGAAAGCCAUUUUUAGUGGGGAGAAAAAUAAAAAUCAGCUACACUACAGAGACCC